AUACAUCUCGGGCAGCGGGCACUGUAGUAUAUUGAGCUCCGUGAACCAUCGAUCGGUGUGUUGCGUAUACGUUCCUGCAGUCAACUGUAGCGAACAGAGUUGAAAGGGCGCAGGUCGGACACCAAUUUUAUUGGAAUUAACAGCUUCUGUUAUUUUUCAGGACAGCCUAACCAUGUUUGGAUUUAAAAGUGGUGGUACUAGGACCGUCACGACAAGCUAUUCCUCUGGAGGAGGUCCUGUGCAAACCACGACCAAAACCUUCAGGUAUGAAGGGGACGGUCCCGGAAUGGAUAUUAGCUCAGGUGAAAAUGGUGGAACCAACAUUGACAUCGGGUUCGGCAACAGGUUCGGGGGAAUGGCGAAUUACAAAUUUAACAUUGGAGGAGGAAGAGAUGGCAGAAGUGCUUCCCAAAGGCCUAACGUUUGCGGCAGGGCCACACGUAAGGAGAAGAAAAAUCCAUUCGCUGGUGUCCUGAACCAGAGUUAUGAUCAAAUUAAGGCCAAAUGUUUAGCUGAGGGCAUUCUUUUUGAGGAUCCCGAGUUUGAGGCAUCUGACAGCUCUAUUUUCUUCAGUAAAACUCCAAGCCGACCAUUUGAAUGGAAACGUCCAUCGGAGAUUUGUGACAACCCCCAAUUCAUUGACCAAGAAGGUGCUAGCAGAUUUGACGUCCAGCAAGGAGAAUUAGGUGAUUGCUGGCUUUUGGCUGCUGUUGCCUCCUUGACCAUCAACAAAACUUUGUUUGCUCGUGUUGUGCCCUCUGAGCAGAACUUCACAGAUGACUACUGUGGACUGUUUCGCUUCAACUUUUGGCACCAGGGAGACUGGGUGGAAGUAUGUGUGGAUGACAGACUCCCAACCUACUACAACAGGCUGUCUUUCAUGCACUCUGCAGAGAAUAAUGAGUUCUGGAGUGCCCUGUUUGAGAAAGCUUAUGCCAAGUUACAGGGUUCGUAUGAAUCCUUGAAGGGAGGUAGUACAUGUGAGGCCAUGGAAGAUUUCACAGGUGGUGUCACAGAAAUGUUUGAUCUGAGGAAACCUGAGGAGAACCUGCUGACUAUCAUGUUAAAGGCCAGUGCCCGUGGUUCUCUGAUGGGGUGUUCUAUUGACGCUGACCCUAACCAGUUAGAAGCAGUUCUUGACAAUGGUCUGGUCAUGGGCCAUGCCUACAGUAUCACCUGUGUCCAGUUGGUUGACAUAAAGACACCUCGUACAAGUGGUCGUAUCCCCAUGGUGAGGGUACGUAACCCAUGGGGCAAUGAAACAGAAUGGAAGGGAGCCUGGAGUGAUCAGUCAGAGGAAUGGAGAUUCAUUCCAGAAGAUGAAAAGAAAAACCUAGGUCUAACGUUUGAUGAUGAUGGUGAAUUUUGGAUGUCAUUCUCUGACUGGAAAACAAAUUUCCAGAAGCUUGAGAUCUGCAACUUGGGUCCAGACUCUCUGGAUGAAGAAGAGAUACAGGCUGGUGGCAAACGUUGGGAAGCUACCUGUGAGAGUGGAUCCUGGGUCCCAAAGGUCAAUGCUGGUGGUUGUAGGAACUAUCUCGACACCUUUUGGACCAACCCUCAAUACAAGGUGACAUUGGUGGACCCUGACGAUGAUGAAGAUGACCUGUGUACCAUGCUGGUCGGAAUCCUGCAGAAAGACAGAAGGAAGAAGAGGAAGGAAGGACUUGAUCUGCUCACCAUUGGUUAUGUUAUCUACAAGCUGAAAGAUGGUAUGGAGGAUUCUGGUCCCCUGGACUUGAAGUUCUUUAAAUACAAUGCAUCCACAGCCAAGUCUCCAUCUUUCAUCAACAUGCGUGAAAUCUGUGGUCGUCACAAACUGUCACCAGGAACUUACGUCAUCAUCCCAUCCACUUUUGAACCUCAUCAGCAGGGAGAAUACCUUGUCAGGAUCUUCUCAGAAAAAGCAAACCAAGCUGGGGAGAUGGAUGAGGAGACAGGCAUGAUUGACGACCAGAGCAGUCUCGUUAGUCUAGAACGGUUCCAUGUAUAUUCUACAACAAAAGAUGGGCAGGUCAUAGAAUUACCUGAAGGUGAAGUCAAUGCACCAACACCAGUUCCUCCUCUCCCAGAGAAGACGACGGUGAGAGAGGAGCCAGAGCCCACGGAUGAAGAACAGGAACAGGAAGCAGCACUGAAGGGUAGUUUCCGCCGUGUUGCUGGAGAGGACAUGGAAGUGGAUGCUUAUGAAUUACAGGGCAUCCUGAAUGCUGUGUUUACCAAAGCUUCAAAUGUUGAAAAUUUCAAGUUCUCUGGAUUCAGUGUAGACUGUUGUCGCAGUAUGGUGGCCAUGCAUGAUGGUGACCUUUCUGGCAAACUUGGAUUUGACGAGUUUAAGGACUUGUGGAAUGACUUGAGGAAAUGGAAGGCAGUGUUCAAGGACAGAGAUACAGACAGAAGUGGAUACUUGAGUUCCUAUGAACUGAGACAGGCCCUGAACCAGAGUGGUUUCCGACUCAGCAACAAGUCACUGAAUGCAAUGGUUAUGCGGUACUCAAACAAAGAGGGCCAGAUUGAGUUUGGGGACUUUAUUGUAGCAGCUAUUCGUCUCAAGACCAUGCUUUCUACCUUCAAGGCGAGAACCCAGGGCAACAUGGCUGUCUUUGAUAUUGAUGAUUUCGUCCAGACCACCAUGUAUGCCUAAAGCCAACAUUUUUAACUUGCCAAGGGAGAUUACUCUGAAGAAAAGUGGGAUGUAUUGUCUCAUUUCUGACAAAUGAAAAUAAGAAAGAGAGAAAGACUGUUGGCAACUAUAGCCUGUUUAUAUGUUUAGCAUGUAGUGAAGAACUGUAUACAAAGUCUAUAUCUGUUACAGAUAUUGAUGGAUGCUUUCUGUGUUAACUUCUUGGUCGUAUCUAUGUUUUGGACAGUAUGUAAAACUUAUCCAGGUUAAGUGAUGCUUACCAGCUAUAAAGAAGAUGUUAAUUAUAAAAGGUAUUAACAAUCAGAUCAAGUUUCUCUGUAAUCAGAGAAUGAUGAUUGAAAUAUCCACCACAACAGGAUGUUUGUUGAUGAGUGUAAUUAAUGGUAAACAUCCUAGGGGAAAAAACAUUUUGUGCUUGCUUAAAAGUCAUUUUGUUAUCUAUUUUUACUGAUGUUCAUAAUUGAGAUAAUAUGCAUCUGAUUUUGAGGAUCAUGUUUCUGUAUGCAACACAAUAUACACAAGCUUCAAGUGUCACCUUGUCAUACCAGGCUGUACAGGGGAAAGAAAAGAUCUCUGUAACAUGGAAGUUUUUCUGUAACAUGGAGGUUUUCUGUAACGUGGAGGUUUCUGUAACGUGGAGGUUUCUGUAACAUGGAGAAGGUUUCUUUUUUAGGUACAGUCGAUUGUGAUUCCGGCUCUACCUCUAUGUUUUACAUAGUAUCCCAUUUAAAUAUGUAGGAAUCUCUCUUUUACCUUUCUAAGGUAGACAACUCAGAAAGAAUACUUUGUCAUGAUAUCACUAACAUAAACACAAGUACAUUAUUCAGCUUUACUAUUUAUCUCUCAUGUUUUACACACUGCUGAUACACGUGAUAUGAUGUAACAAAUUUCUUUUGCUCAGUUUUUUAGUGCUCCGUUAUUUAAACAUUACCCUAAAGUUCAGUUGUCAUUUUUAGUAUGAUGACCUAUUAUUUCCUCUGAGAUUUAAAGUCUCUACCGUAACUUAAUAUCUAAUAUUUUUGUAUGACUUCCUUUGUAUGACUGAUAUUAUUGAUGUAACAAAUCAAUGGUAGAUGCAAUCGUUGAAUGACAUGCAAUAGACUGUUUUGAAACGGGUAUGGAAUUUGUGUGCCUAUAAGGUCGGUUAAUUGUCUCUACUUUAGGGAAAGUCUUUCUAUGAAAUGGCAGUGUAAAAUGAUUUACUGCCACAUACUGUGCCUGAUCUUGAUUUUCUGGGUGAUUAGUCUUUCUUGUUUGUUAAAUAGCUGCUAUUGAGAUAUUUUAUACCUAUCAUAUUCAUGAUUAUGUAAGCUUCCAAUAAAUAAACACUUUAAAUAAUCAAUUUCUUUAUAUUUUUACAGUAUAUUGUCAAUUUGGUGUCAAGUUUUUCUUGUUCUUUAACAUAAUUUUGAUGUCUGUCGUUAGAAAUACCAUAAAAUCACUUUGAUAUCUUUAGUUGUAAACUCAAUCAAAAGAUUUCUGUAGUAUCCAGCAUGGUUCUGACAUCAGGAUAUGAUGCUUUCAAAGGCAACAAAACAUGAAUAAUGUCUGUGUUAGCUUUUUAUUGCUUUAGGUGUGAAAAGCUACGGUCAAGGAUUUUUGCUUAUAAUUUUACAUGAUAUAUUGUCUAACACCAUAUUGUGUGUUGGUUUUUCACACCUGUUUUUUUACAAGUUAUAUCUAGUAAGGUUGUUAUGAAUUAAUUUUAGAUAGGUCAGAAGGAUGGAGAGAUAUGACCAAAUUAUGAGUGUGACUUGCUAUAUAUACUAUUAUUGGAUAGUUAAUUGUUAUAAAGACAUAGACUUAAUUUUAAGUAUUGAAUAUUUGAUAUUUUGAAUUUAACCCAGAUUCUAUGGAGCUUUUUUUGUCAUAAAUGUCAAGAAAUGGCAAAUUUCUGUAAAUUAAAAAUUUAGGAGUCAUGGAUUGAUAUCUCAGAAAGUCAAAAUAGCUUCUACAUUUUACUGUAGAUGAGGCAUGGUUAAAAUACCACAACAACAGAUGUUCUGCUGCAAUGUAUAAAUAUAUAAAUAAAUAGCUUCAAUCUGUCUAUAAUGGUACCAUCUAAAUACAGUUUUUUUUUGUAUCAGUAUUGUGAUAUAUCGACAUGUAAUAUGUUUUUCUGUAUAAUUAUUUAACACAAAAAGCUGUAGAUAUAUUGACCUACAUCGGUGAGGGUGUCAUAUUAACAAUAAUAACUUAUAACACUAUCAAUAUAUAUGGUAGCCCCCUUUUUAAAAUUAUAGUGACAUGAAUAUUUACAUUAUACAUGCUAAACCUAUAUAUUUACCUUUAGAUGUUUAUUUACAUGACUUAGUAAUUUUUGUUUCCCCAGUUAUUUACAUACUUAUGUGUAUAUUCUACAUAUUUGACCUCAUACUCACUUUUGUCCAGUGCCUUCAUUUACCCCAGGUGUCCACUCUGGGCUGUAGAGCCUUGGUGUCCACUCUGGGUUGUAGAACCUAGGUGUCCACUUUGGGCUGUAGAGCCUAGGUGUCCACUCUGGGCUGUAGAACCUAGGUGUCCACUCUGGGCUGUAGAGCCUAGGUGUCCACUCUGGGCUGUAGAGCCUUGGUGUCCACUCUGGGCUGUAGAGCCUUGGUGUCCACUCUGGGCUGUAGAGCCUAGGUGUCCACUCUGGGCUGUAGAACCUAGGUGUCCACUCUGGGUUGUAGAACCUAGGUGUCCACUUUGGGCUGUAGAGCCUAGGUGUCCACUCUGGGCUGUAGAACCUAGGUGUCCACUCUGAGCUGUAGAGUCUUGGUGUCCACUGUGGGCUGAAGAACCUAGGUGUCCACUCUGGGCUGUAGAGCCUUGGUGUCCACUCUGGGCUGUAGAACCUAGGUGUCCACUCUGGGCUGUAGAGCCUAGGUGUCCACUCUGGGCUGUAGAGCCUAGGUCUCCACUCUGGGCUGUAGAGCCUUGGUGUCCACUCUGGGCUGUAGAACCUAGGUGUCCACUCUGGGUUGUAGAACCUAGGUGUCCACUUUGGGCUGUAGAGCCUAGGUGUCCACUCUGGGCUGUAGAACCUAGGUGUCCACUCUGAGCUGUAGAGUCUUGGUGUCCACUGUGGGCUGAAGAACCUAGGUGUCCACUUUGGGCUGUAGAGCCUAGGUGUCCACUCUGGGUUGUAGAACCUAGGUGUCCACUUUGGGCUGUAGAGCCUAGGUGUCCACUCUGGGCUGUAGAACCUAGGUGUCCACUCUGGGCUGUAGAGCCUAGGUGUCCACUCUGGGCUGUAGAGCCUAGGUGUCCACUCUGGGCUGUAGAACCUAGGUGUCCACUCUGGGUUGUAGAACCUAGGUGUCCACUUUGGGCUGUAGAGCCUAGGUGUCCACUCUGGGCUGUAGAACCUAGGUGUCCACUCUGAGCUGUAGAGUCUUGGUGUCCACUGUGGGCUGAAGAACCUAGGUGUCCACUCUGGGCUGUAGAGCCUUGGUGUCCACUCUGGGCUGUAGAACCUAGGUGUCCACUCUGGGCUGUAGAGCCUAGGUGUCCACUCUGGGCUGUAGAGCCUAGGUCUCCACUCUGGGCUGUAGAGCCUUGGUGUCCACUGUGUGCUGAAGAACCUAGGUGUCCACUCUGGGCUGUAGAUCCUAUGUGUCCACUCGGGGCUGUAGAACCUAGGUGCCCACUCUGGGCUGUAGAGCCUAAGUGCCCACUCUGGGCUGUAGAGCCUAGGUGUCCACUCUGAGCUGUAGAUGAGGCAGGAUGAUUUAAUAAAGGAUCUUAAGUGUA